AUGAAGACCUCACAGUCGACCUUCGCUUUUCUCACCACAUUCGCUCUUGCAAACGCGGCAGCCUAUCCUCCAGGCCUGUACAAGCGUGCCCUCCAGGCCCCUGCAAACACAACAAACGGAUACCAAUAUCUCGGCUGCUUUAUCGACGUUGGCCGAACCAUUAACGAUGUCGCCACUACUAGCAACCUGAUGACCAACGAGUUUUGCACAAACUUCUGCUUCAACAAGGGCUUCUCUUACGCCGGAUCCGAAUACUACGGCGAAUGCUACUGCGGCAAUGCCUUGGCCAAGGGCGGUGUCAUCGCCAACGAGGCCGACUGCACGACACCCUGCAACGGAAACGCGACUCAGCCCUGUGGCGGCCCGAACCGACUGACGCUGUACAAGACCGCCCUUAUUAUGGGUCCCUCAGUCAACCCUGGUGUUGGUGGUUGGUCUUCUAUCGGAUGCUACUCGGAGGGAACAACAGGCCGUACGCUUGACUAUGGCGUUCACGACAUCACUGGCGGUAUGACCGUUGCCAAGUGCACUGCUUCCUGCCAAGCUCAAGGUUUCAUCCUUGCAGGUGUUGAAUACUCUGGCGAGUGCUACUGCGGUAACAAGCCUGUCAACGGUGGUGCUCCUGCUGUUGAUGGCUGCAACAUGGUUUGCAGUGGCAACUCAUCCGAAUUCUGUGGAGGUCCCAACCGUCUGAAUGUCUACGACUUCCAGCACCAGUUCCAGCCCCUUCCUACUUCAACGUCAACCCCGGCACCUACCAGCACUCCGGUAUCAAGCUCAAGCUCGGUCGCUUCAACAAGCAGCACCAUCAGCUCCAGCAGCACCGUCGCCAGCCCCAGCAGCACUAUCGCCAGCUCCAGCAGCACCGUCGCCAGCUCCAGCAGCUCCGCAGCCCCUGUCAACAACUCUGCAGUCUCCAGCACCUCUGCAACUUCCGGCACCUCCAUCAGCAGCAGCAGUUCAAGCAGCAGCAGUGUGACGGCUGCUGCUGUCAGCAGCUCCAGCUCCAGCACUGUUGUCAACGCCGCAGCCUCCAGCAGCUCGUCCGCCAGCUCCGUCCUCAGCAGCAGCACCAGUUCACUUGCCAGCUCUUCAAGCAGCAGCGUCUCUUCUGCAACCCCGACCCCAACCGGUCCCAGCCAACCGGCGACUGUCGGCACAUUCAAGUACUACGGCUGCCAGACUGAGAUUCAGAAUGGUCGCACUCUCGGCGAAAAGAGUUUCGGUGACGACGCCAUGACCAUUGAGAAAUGCACAGCUUUCUGCGCCGGCUACACAUUUGCUGGUCUCGAAUGGUCCCGCGAGUGUUGGUGCGGUAACUCUUUUGCCGGUGUCUCCAACGUCGCCCCUCAGAGCGACUGUACCAUGACUUGCUCGGGUAACGCCUUCCAAUACUGCGGAAACGCUAACCGCCUGUCUGUUUACACCAUCGGGGAUGCAAAGCAGUCAGUAUCGUCUUCCUCUUCCGUUAGCUCUACCGGCGGAUCGGUGACGGGGGCGUCUGCAUCCUCGACAUCUUCCGCUGCUGCUAUCGCCACCAGCUACCCAACAGGCUGGACCGAUCAAGGCUGCUGGGUCGACAACGCCAACGGCCGAAUUCUUCCAAACCAGGCUCCGGAUGACCCGAACAUGACCGUCGAAUCUUGUGUCAGCUACUGCAACAGCAAGGGAUUCACGGUUGCUGGUGCCGAGUAUCACACUCAGUGUUUCUGCGGCAACGCCAUCUACGGCGGUGGUGUUGUUGCCUCUGACCCGACCACCUGCAAUACCCCCUGCGGUGGUAAUCCGGCGAAGAUGUGCGGUGGUGGUAACCGCAUGACUAUCGUUUCCAAGGGUACUCCUCAGACAUUUGCACCUCCUGUUCCUCAGAAGAGUGGUCUUAACGGAACUUGGACCUACGAGGGCUGUGUGACGGACAACGUCAACAACCAGCGUACUUUCCCUACGCAAACCAUCUACGCCGGUACCCUGACUGCCGGCUUGUGCCUGGACGCUUGCGCCAAGUUUGGCUACAUGGCCGCUGGUCUUGAGUAUGGCGAGGAGUGCUACUGUGGAGACCCCGCAAACAUCGCCGCUGUCGGUGCCACUUUCGUCGAUGAGUCUCGGUGCAGCAUCAGCUGCGCGGGCAAUGCCACCGGUAUUUGCGGAGGUCUCGCGGUCAUGUCCACGUACUUCUGGACUGGCGCCCCGCUCUACAACUGGACUUACGCGACCGGCAGUGCUGCAGGAAGCUACGAGCUUUUCAUCGGCGGCAAGUGCGUACCUUUGAUGACCAUGGAGUCCAUCACCGGCAAGGUCACGUUUCUUGAGAAGUUCGGAACUGGCCCACCAAACUCGACCGGUGCCUACGAACUGGAUGUCUCUCUGGCCCCUGAUCUGACCAAGGCCUGGAGGGAGAUGCAUGUCAAGACCGAUGUCUUCUGCUCUGCUGGUCUCACGCUCCCUGAUAAGGCUGGCCGUCAGCUCAACAUCGGAGGUUGGUCUGGCGACUCCACAUACGGCGUUCGUAUCUACACUCCCAGCGGCUCGGCUGGUACAAACGGUACCACCGACUGGCAAGAGGAUCAGUCCCUCCGGCUUCAAGAUGGACGCUGGUAUCCUUCCGCCAUGGUUAUGGCCAACGGUUCCAUUUUCGUCAUCGGAGGUGAAGAGGGUUCCAACGGAAGAGCCGUCCCCACGGUUGAGGUUCUGCCUAACCCUGGAAGAGCUCCCAUCUACAUGGACUGGCUUCAGCGUACCGACCCCAACAACCUGUAUCCGUUCGUUGCCGUCCUUCCCAGCGAGAACAUCUUUGUCGCCUACUGGAAUGAGGCCAGAAUCCUGGACAAGAACACUUUCGACACCGUAACCAUGUUGCCCAACAUUCCUGGCUCCGUCAACAACCCUCUGGGAGGCCGCUCCUACCCGCUCGAAGGUACUGCUGUUCUUCUGCCCCAGAAGGCCCCGUACAACGACACUCUCGGCAUCCUCAUCUGCGGUGGCUCCGGUACGGGCGCCGGUAUUGCUUUGGACAACUGUGUCACCAUCCAGCCCGAAGCCGCCGUGCCCACAUGGACCGUCGAGCGCAUGCCAACUCGUCGUGUCAUGUCCUGCAUCGCUCCCCUGCCCGAUGGAACCUACCUCAUCAACAAUGGUGCCAUGCAAGGUGUCGCCGGUUUCGGUCUGGCCACACUGCCCAACCACAACGCUCUCUUGUACGACCCCGAGAAGCCCCUUGGUUCGCGUAUCACCGUCUUGGCCAACACCACCAUCUCUCGUCUGUAUCACUCCGAGUCCAUCACCCUCCUCGACGGUCGUGUUCUCGUCAGCGGCUCCGACCCCGAAGACGGUGUCAACCCUCAAGAGUACCGUGUCGAGGUCUUCAACCCUCCCUACCUCCUCAGCGGCAAGCUUCGCCCGACCUUCACCCUCGCCAUCACCGACUGGGCGUGGGGCGGCACCUACACCUUCACCCUCGGCCACCAGCCUAAGGGUAUCAUCAAGGCCAGCCUUCUCGGCGCUGUUUCCUCGACGCACGGCAACUCCAUGGGUGCGCGCACCAUCUUCCCGGCCGUCAACUGCGGCGCCCUGAGCUGCACCGUCACCGCGCCACCCCGCGCCGGUAUCGCCCCUCCGGGCUGGUACCAGUUCUUCGUGAUCGACGACGGCAUGCCGGCCGUCGGUGUCUAUGUCCGCAUCGGCGGUGACCCCGCCGGUCUGGGCAACUGGCCCCAAGGCUCCAUGUUCACGAGACCGGGUGUUUAA